GCUGGAUCGGCGAGCUUCAGCCUUGAGGCGAACACCAAAAUCAGCACCAUGGCCGAGUCAACCCUCAGAUUUCCGAUGGGUCACCGGAGCUCCGGGAGGAUCCACAGAUUCCCUGGCAAACCGGAGAGCACCGGAGUCAUGAUUUUUGGGUUUUUGGAGGAAAACGAAGAGUCGCCGGAGAGCUCCUACAACUCCGGAGCCGACAGCUUUAACAGCGAAGAUCUUGUCGACGAUGACGAAGAAGAUGAAAAUGCCAGUAAUGCUGAAGCGAAUAAAGCUUUCUGGGAGUCUCAGGAGCUGCUUCUAGAGGCAACAUUAUGUAGGAGCAGCUCAAUAGAGUCAAAGAUUAGGCAGGCCACAAAGGAUGCUCUAAGGGAGCUAAACAAGAAGAGCAGCGGUUGUACUUGCGGGAGACCGGCGGCCGGUGGCUGCCGGAGUUGUCUGCAGAGAGAGCUUUCCGGCCGUCUUCAAGCUGCCGGUUACAAUUGCAGCAUAUGCAAGUCCAAGUGGAAGAGCUCGCCUGAUAUGCCAUCAGGGGAGCACACUUAUUUGGAAGUGAUCCAUGAUUCGAGCUCCAAGAAGAGAGAGACAAGGGUGAUCAUCGAGCUGAGUUUUCGGGCCGAGUUUGAGAUGGCCAGAGCGAGCGACGAAUACAACGGCUUAGUUUGCCGGCUACCGGAAGUUUUCAUCGGCAAGGCGGAGAGGUUGAGAAGCCUAGUGAAGAUAUUGUGUGGAGCGGGAAAGAAGUGCAUGAAGGAGAAGAGGAUGCAUAUGGCUCCAUGGAGGAAGCACAAGUACAUGCAAGCCAAAUGGCUUGGCAAACGUGAGCCAAUUCAAACCGUAAUGCCAAUUUUGCCUAAUUUGCGUUUGGAUCGGAUGCCAAAGCAUAGAGCUUCUUUGCUCACCUUUGAUUUGCUAGAGAAUUUGACUACUUUGCAUUGUACUGCUGUAAGAGUUGUUUGACCACGAAGAAUUCAAGUUUUCUUAAUUAGUUUA